CACUUCGCAAGAUUUUCUUCUAUAAACAACAAACUGUAAAGUCCAAAACAUUGGACUCUCUCUGUAUUAGCUGAUUUUGUGAAGACGAAAAGAAAGAAGAAAAUGGAGAGAUUUGCAGAGCUGAAAAAAGCAGUAGAAUCAGUGGAAAUAGUAGAUGCUCAUGCCCAUAAUAUUGUAGCACUUGAAUCCACUUUUCCUUUUCUCAACUGCUUUUCUGAAGCAGCUGGUGAUGCCUUAUCCGACGUGCCACAUACCAUCAACUUCAAGAGAAGCCUGAAAGAAAUCGCGGGAAUAUAUGGCUCAAACUUAUCCUUGCAUGCUGUUCAAGAAUCUCGCCAGCAGUUUGGGUUGGAGCCGAGCGCUGCUAUUUGCUUCAAAGCUGCAAAAAUCUCUGUCUUACUUAUUGAUGAUGGAAUUGAGUUGGACAAAAAACAUGAUAUCGAAUGGCAUAGAAGUUUUGUACCAACAGUUGGUAGAAUUCUACGAGUUGAGCGUGUAGCUGAAAAGAUUCUUGAGAAGGGUUCAAAUGGAACAUGGACACUGGGAUCAUUCAUGGAAAUUUUCACUGAUGAGUUGAAGUCAGUAGCGGAUAAAGUCUUUGCAUUUAAAAGUAUUGUAGCAUAUCGAAGCGGUCUUGCAAUUAAUACAGAAGUUACUGAAAAGGAGGCUGAGGAGGGCCUUAGUGAUGUUUUAUGUGCUGGGCGUCCCAUCCGAAUCUCAAACAAGAGCUUCAUUGAUUAUAUCUUCAUGCAUGCUUUGAAGGUGGCUCAAUGUUAUGACUUGCCAAUGCAAAUACACACAGGUUUCGGGGACAAGGAUUUGGAUCUGAGGCUUGCUAAUCCCCUUCAUCUUCGAAAUCUUCUUGAGGAUAAGAGAUUCAUGAAGAGUCGGUUAGUGCUUUUACAUGCGUCCUAUCCGUUCUCAAAGGAAGCUUCAUAUCUGGCUUCUGUGUACCCCCAAGUCUAUCUUGAUUUUGGGUUGGCAAUUCCUAAACUUAGCUUCCAUGGGAUGAUGUCCUCAGUAAAAGAACUCCUGGAGCUUGCCCCAAUGAAUAAGGUUAUGUUCAGCACUGAUGGCAUCGCAUUUGCUGAAACCUUUUAUUUAGGUGCAAAGAAAGGGCGCGAAGUAGUGUUCUCUGUUCUACGUGAUGCAUGCGUUGAUGGUGAUCUUUCAAUUCCAGAAGCUGUUACAGCCGCUAAAGAUCUUUUUGCAGAAAACGCAAAGCAAUUCUACAAGCUUGACGUUUCUUCAAGAUAUUCUGAUGUAAAACCUCCUUUAUCAUCUUCCUUCCAGCAGGAAGAGUUAAAUGGUUCAUCGAAGGAUGUUACCUUUGUUCGUAUUAUUUGGAUAGAUGCCUCUGGCCAGCAUAGAUGCCGUGUUGUUCCACGGCAACAUUUCUAUAGUUCUGUGGAAAAGCACGGUGUAGGCUUAACUUGUGCAUGUAUGGGAAUGAGUUCAACAUCUGAUGGUCCUGCAGUGGAUACUAAUCUCACCGCCUCGGGAGAGAUCAGAAUCGUUCCUGAUUUAUCUACCAAAUGCAGACUCCCGUGGGCAAAACAACAAGAAAUGGUUUUGGCUGACAUGUACAUCGAGCCUGGUAAAGUUUGGGAAUAUUGUCCAAGAGAAGCAUUGCGCAGAGUCUCCAAAAUUUUAAAAGACGAAUUCGACUUGGUCGUGAAUGCAGGCUUUGAAAAUGAAUUUUAUCUUUUGAAGAGUGUAUUGAGGGAUGGAAAAGAAGAAUGGACACCAUUUGACAGGACUUCUUACUGUUCUACAUCAGCAUUUGAUGCUGCGUCCCCAAUACUUGAAGAGGUUUUCGCUUCUCUUCAAUCAUUGAAUAUUACGGUCGAACAGUUACAUGCAGAAGCUGGGCAUGGUCAGUUUGAAAUUGCUCUGAGAUACACAGAGUGUUUUAGAGCAGCUGACAGCUUAAUUUUCGCACGUGAAGUCAUCAGAGCUGUUGCAAGGAAACAUGGGUUGCUGGCAACAUUUGUGCCAAAGUAUGCAUUAGAUGAUUUUGGUUCUGGAUCGCAUGUGCACAUCAGUUUAUCCAGGAACGGAGAAAAUGUAUUUAUGACAUCUGGUGAAUCAAAUCGGUAUGGGAUGUCAAAGACUGGGGAAGCAUUCAUGGCUGGGGUGUUAAAUCAUCUUCCUUCCAUAUUACCAUUUACUGCACCGCUUCCUAAUAGUUAUGAUCGCAUACAACCUGGAACGUGGAGUGGAGCAUACCUCUGUUGGGGGAAAGAAAAUAGAGAGGCACCAUUGAGAGCUGCUAGCCCUCCUGGAGUUGCACAUGGCUCUGUAAGCAAUUUUGAAAUUAAAGCAUUUGAUGGAUGUGCAAACCCAUACCUGGGUCUUGCUGCUAUAAUUACUGCUGGAAUUGAUGGGUUGCGGAGAAACUUAAUCCUUCCAGAACCUGUUGAUGGUGAUCCUGAUAUCCUUAAAGAGAAUCUUCAAAGAUUACCAGUAUCUCUUGCCGAGUCUGUAGAAGCUUUAGAGAAAGAUACACUUUUCAGAGAUAUGAUUGGUGAAAAGCUUUUGGUUGCCAUCACAGGAGUUCGCAAGGCUGAGAUCAAGUACUAUUCUGAAAAUAAUGAGGGAUACAAAAACCUCAUAUUCAAAUAUUAGGGUGAUUAAAUGUACUGUGAGAUCAAUAUUGUUCUUAAUUAUUAUCACACGUGAACUGAUUUUGCUGUGUCCUUUUUAAUUUAUUUCAUCUAAUACAAUUGCUCAAUAAAGCAUGUUAGUAGUUUUA